AUGUUCCAACGGCCUUCCACCAAGCCAACCUGGCACUCCUGGUUCCAUCCGAUAAGCCAUUUGGUGAGCACGGCCAAUGGUCAAGGUACUGUCAGAGACACACCCGAACAGCGCCGCUCCAAACUAACCCGUCUGGUCGUUAAAAGGUCGCGAUCGCAGGUUUUCCAUUUCAGCUACCUCCAAGGGGCGGGCGGCGGGACUGGGCCAAGGAACGGACUGGGGGCGAGUUUCCGCGGAAUGGCCGCAAGACAAAGCAGAUCUCUGUCUAAGGACGCCACGAUUCAGACUCGAGUGCCAUCUUUUAAUUGGAAAUUGCCAUGGCAUUGGGCGGCUCCUGUGGGCACUGCCGAGCGGCGGUCAACAUGCUUUCGGCCGGUUGCACCGCAGGCUCGUCCGUGCUGUCCUGUCAAAGCCGAGGCGUGGCUAGUGGCUGACUUUGGUGGCUGCUCUCAUUCUCGUCCAUCAUGGGGCAUAGCGUUAGGCGUCUUCAGCCUCGUUGAAGACCACAGGAAAUCCGCUGAAAGCAGCGAGAGAAGUACAGCGUAA